AUGUCACAGUCGGAUGCCGAUCAGCCGCUAUCCGUUUGUUUUGAUCGGGAUAUUCGCGUGUACAACGGUACAGCACACACAAAGAAGCAGCGUUCUUCUAAAGAAAUUGCAGAUACUCUUCGAUAUCCGUCUCCCGUCUUCUCUUGUCUUCUGUCCCGUGAUUCCUCAGCGAAACAAGCAUCACAGUUCGUGGAUGGCUUGCCUCACAGUGACGCUCUGAUUAAUGAACAUGGCUACGAAUCGCUGUUGCAGCUCCCUGCGAAUUCCGAACCUCCAAAAAAGCGUUAUUUGCGAAGAUCUGCUGAGGAUAAAGGUGACGCACUACUUCUUGCAAAGGCUUUGCGGGCUUCGCCGCUGAAAAUAAAUGUCCGCGAAGGAUCGAAUAGUCCGGAAGACAGUACAUACAACUGUGAUUCCCCACCGCUUAUCUUCACAGCAGCCGAAUAUCAGCCUUCUUCGAUGCAAGCAUCUGUUCUUCACGGUGGCGUAGACGGCGCCGUUAAACACGCCAUCCAGAAUUCCAAAAAGGACAGAAUUUCGGGCAAUCCGACUCAGAGCGGGUCCUCUGCGUCUUCUUGUACUGCAGACUAUGCUUCCAGCUCCGACGUCGAAGAUGGUUUGCCUGGUAAAUUGCAGAUUGUCAUCGACGAUGAGAAAAUGCAUGAUGAAAACGAAGGCGAUGGCCGUUGCGAUUCUCAAGCUGGUGGCAGCAGCGAAAGUAACGGUGUUUCUCCUUCUUUGAUUAUCGCUGACCCAGAAGAUUCGCCGCGCAUCAUACUUUUCUCCAACGGCUUGUUUUAUCCCGGUACCCUGGAGCCGUUCGAUCGUUUCAACCUGUACUCAUUCGUUGCUGAUGAGCAAAGCGCCAAGGAGCCGUACUACUUGUGUAUGGAGGAGGUUAUAAACAGAGGACUAAAAGAACGUAUUCCGAAAUCUCUUGCCGAGGUGCCUACGGGAUCUCGUAUAUGCGCCCUGCGGAAUCGUCAAAUGAUCGGGUUUGCCCCUGGUACUGUGAGAAGCGAUGGAGACCGUCAUCGAGUUCUGUCCAAACGUGGUUCUGAAAGUAUCAGCCCAAAAAUUUCGAUAAAAUUUGACGACGGCGAUACGGGAAAAAUUGGGCUUUGCGAUGUUCGGCUGCUUCCAGCAGAUUUUCGAUCAGAAAAGUCACUGUGGAAGUGGUGUGGCUCCCCUGUUUCCCAGCCGCCCAAGUCUCGCAAGCGCUUUUAUCUGGCAGUUCAACAGAAGGAUGAAAUUAUUCAGAUUGGAGAUUGUGUUGAGUUUUUUACCACUCCACAGGGCAAGCUGCCUUACGUCGGAAUCGUUCAGAAGUUAUGGAGCGUUUCGUCGAGGAUGCGAGUUCGCGUCUCCUGGUAUUAUCGCGCGUUGGAAAUUGACGUCAGUUCCGACGUUCCAUAUCAAGAGAAUGCGCUCUAUUCGUCGAACCAUGAGGAUGAAAACGAGGUGAACACGAUUUCCCAUAAAUGUUUGCUGCUAUCAUUGGAGGACUUCCGCGAACGAAAGCGCAGCCAGAAGCCAAUGGAAGAUGUAUUUUAUUUAGCCGGGUCUUACGACCACGUUAACCGUGUGAUCACAGCCAGUUUUACUGGGUGA